AUGGCCAUAACGAAUGGAGCGAGCGACGAUGCUCUGCUCUCGAAGCCAUCAGACGACCAUGCCACCCUCGAUCGAACCACCUCCAUCUACAACCCGCUCCCGACAUACAACCUACCACGCGGAGAAGGAGUCCACUACCAGCAGCAAUAUGCAGACAUGUACUUCACGCGACUGGCACAGCUCAAGCCCUCCGUCGAGGCCAUAGCGGCGGAAGCCUUCAGCGACUUCGAGAUCUCCGGCGAGGCUGCAAAACAGGUGGAUCGUGUAUUGGAUGUACGGCAGGGAACGCUGUGCUGGAUCGUGGGCACAAUAUACAUGGAGAUGCCACUGAAGCCAAACGUGCUGGACGACAUCGGGAAAGAGCAUUGGAUCGCGGCGCCGCCAGCAAGAGAGAAAUAUGCGGAUGGAGAUGCAGAUAUACCCAUGAUGUUGGAGGAUGAGUCUGGAAGACUGCGGUUGACAGGAGGCUUCCUACGGAGUGUGCUACUGGUCACAGGCGCUAUCGUGGCAGUGAUGGGUACAGAGAACUCGGACGGUGAUUUCGAAGUUCUGGACAUAAGAGUCCCGGACCUCCCAAGACAACCGCCGAGGUGGGAACGCGACGAUGGAGAUGCAGCUCUGCAAGGAAAGAGCCUCAGCAGCGCAAGACCGCAGAACGGCAAGGUAGCAAUCGUGUCGGGACUUUCGAUCAGCGGAGAUACUGGCGAUACCCUCACUUUGGACCUGCUUGGAGAAUGGCUCACAGGAGAAGCGGCAUCUCUGUCAGAUCAGACAUCAGCUGCCAGCGUUUCCAGACUCAUCAUUGCCGGCAAUUCUCUGGCACAUGCGCAACCAAUUCCUACGCGUGAAGAGCUCAUUGCCGCCAAGAAGACCAGUCAGAAGAAGUAUGGCUACGACGCGGCAUCCUACAAUGCUGCACCAAGCGAUCGUCUCGACACAUGGCUUGCCGGUCUCCUUCCUUCCAUACCUAUCACACUCCUCCCUGGCCAGUCAGAUCCCACAUCCACAGCUCUUCCUCAACAUCCCAUCCACGCCGCCAUGUUCCCUCAUUCCCGCGCUUACACCGAGCACCCAGUCCCAGGCCAGACUCACUUGCCGAACUGGUUCGACAGUACCACGAACCCUGCCGAGUUCGACGUCGACGGUUGGCGUUUCUUGGGUGCCGGCGGACAGACUGUCGACGAUGUCUACCGCUACGUCUCAGGCGAAGAGCGUCUCGAGAUGAUGGAGGCGAUGAUGCGUUGGCGCUUGACAGCUCCCACAGCACCAGACACGCUGUGGUGUUUCCCGUUCCAAGACGGCGAUCGCUUCGUGAUGAAGGAGUGUCCACAUGUAUACUUUGUUGGCAACCAACCAAAGUUCGAGACCAGUGUCAUCGAAGGACCUCACGGGCAGAAAGUGAGGCUCGUCGCAGUGCCGAAGUUCAAGGAGACGGGCGAGAUCGUGCUGCUGGACAUGGAGACAUUAGACGCGGAGGUCGUGAAGUUCGAGAUCUUCGAGAGUGGAUGA